CUAAAGAGUGCAGGAGGUGGAAGAGACAGAUAGCGAUACCCAUAAGUAAGAACAGUAACCUCCAUUUGAAUUCAACAUCAACCUAAUCCUAACUAAAACAAAGUAUAAGUAGAGAAGCAACACGAAGAUGUCCUCAUUGUCAGCGUCCUCUUCGUCCGAGGUAGACACCAGUGGGUGGCUCACCUUCUAUCCCAACUACUGCAAUUCCGAAAAAACUGUGCCUGAGGGCCGUCGCAUCGGCAAAGCCACUGGUGUCGCUCAUCCUACCGCUUCCGAGAUGGCAGAAGCAGCCAAACAGUUGCAGCUUCCAGUCCAGCUGCAGAUGAACAAGGCUUAUUCUCGCGACUGGCUAGUGCGAGGCCGUAUCAAAGUCCUAUUGAAGAAGGAGAAUGGGACUCUGGUGAACAGUGGGAUUCGAACGAAGCGGGAUUUUCUGAAGCAAGUGUGCAAAAUCAUUCCGACACUGAAAACGCGGACUGGCGCAGCGACGGCACCAGUAGAUCCAGUGAUGGCACUGUGCAAUCAAAUCGCAGCAGAAGCAGGACCUGCGCAACCAAAGAAAAACGCGGAAAAAGACGCAAAGAAGAAGAAAAAGAAGUAAGAGCCGUACUAGUACUUCUAGUUGUGCUAAGUUGUGUAAGACGACGAGUACUACUUCUAGUUCUUGUGUAAGACACGAGGAAAUUGAAAUAGUACUAGCAGACAACUACUGGUACUGCGAGGACAUGAACGUGAUAAAAAUGCGGUGGAGAAGUCCGAGAGGACGAGUAGGGCAACACCAGCUCGUUGCAGCGCUCCUGAAAACGAGCAACUCAGGGAAGACGUAUCGCUGUCUCUUUCCUCAUUUUCAUCAUUUGAUCAUGAUCUCAACCCCAGAACCACAAGACAGUCCCCCCUCACCUUGACCUUCCGAUGGACCACAAACCCCCAAACGUGUCAACUUCCGUUCCACGUCUUCUGUUUAGAUGAUGGCGCAAGGAUACUGAAAAGAGAGUCUAACUAACUAUCCAGUAACUCAGAUCCAC